AUGGUUCCGACUGAAAUUCUUGUAUAUACAUUAAGAUCGGAUUCAUGGAAAACUAUUGAAACUGAUCUUUCUCGCUGUUUUAAUACCGGAAACACUGACGGUGUUCUUGUUAACGGGGUUCUUCAUUGGUUCGGUGCUACCAGUAACACUUUCUUUAAUUUUAUACUAGCUUUCAAUAUUGGCAAUGAGAAACUUAUUCAUGUGCCGCUUCCUGAAGGAAUUACUCCAUUAGCUCCUCAAGUAUAUAAAAGUGUUGGACUCUGGGAAGGCUGCCUUUCCUUAGUUGAUGUUAUUAUGGAUUGUGGCCGUACUGAUGUAUGGGUGAUGCAGAAUUAUAGUGUGACAGAAUCUUGGACUAAGAAAUUCACAAUAUCGCAAUAUACAAUCACCAUGCUAUGUUAUCCGAAGUUGAUAUGGUCUCACAAGGAUGGUCAGAUUCUGAUAAGAACUGGAGACGCUUUUGUUUUAUUUAACCCAGCAAACGAAAGAGUUAGAAAGAUCUUGGUUACUUUUCUUUUUGGGUGUACUACUGGAUUUCCAGUAGUUACACUAGGUGGACGACCAAACUGGCUUUUCCACUAUGUUAAAGCACUGGGCAUUGGAUAA